CUCUCUCUCUUUGGCUCUCUCUCUCUGUUGUAUUCUUCUAGUUGAGGCAGUUGUGCACACCUUCCCCUCGCCCUGCAGCCGACCAGAGGGGAGUGGAGCCGGCAGAGGCAGGUAUAGCAGCAGUCCUGGUGGAUGCAUCAUUCUCAUUCCUCCACCAUGCCGGACUGGGUGCAUGCAGCCGGCGCGCUGCAGCUGAGAUGAGAGUCAGCAUGUCAAAGUUCGGCAUGGAGGUAUAGACCUUGGAAUGCCCAGUGGAACCCAUUUAGCCGGGAUUAAUGCAUUUGGAGCGGAUCCAUAAAAGAUGGGCGACCUGGAGUGUGGUUUUGAGGAGAUGCAGGGAGUCAGGCUGGGAUACCUGCUCAUCCAAGGCAAGCAAAUGUUUGCUUUGUCUCAGGUCUUCACCGAGCUGCUCAAGAACAUUCCACGCACCACCGUGCACAAGCGCAUGGACCACCUGAACGUGAAGAAGCACCACUGUGACCUGGACGAGCUGCGCAAGCUCAAAGCAAUAAACUCCAUCGCGUUCCACGCAGCCAAGUGCACUCUCAUAUCGCGGGAGGACGUGGAGGCUCUCUACGUCUCCUGCAAGACCGAGCGGGUGUUGAAGUCCGGCAGCCACAAAAGGAAGGCGGCGUCGUGUGAACCCACGGACUGCCUCGCGUCCACGGAGCUCCUCCGCGCCGACGCCGAGCUCUGGCAAGAAAAAGUUUGGUUGAGUUUGCACGGCGUGCACGAAAAAGCGGCCAGGGGGAGGCGAGAGGCCAGCUGCGACUCCAAACUACCUCACUUUUACCACAAAACCCACGGACGGGAGUACCGCUCGGCCGCCAAGUCCACUCACAGACACUUUAAAAACUAUGAAACCGCCAAGUUGCAAGGGAACCGGGUGACGUUCAGCCAGAGGCACUCGUUUUUCCGUAGCGCUCCUGCAGCGGCGCUCCAGUCCACCAUGGCUGCUCAUUCCAGGCUCUCUCGCACAGCCGGCGACCUUCAACACAAAAGGAAGAGGAGGCGCGAAGGGGGCGGCGGCAGGGACGGUGUUAGACACCCCUGGAAAAGCAGACACCACCAUCACGUCCCGCCGGUGGUGCUUGUGCAACCCAAAUCCUCCAUUACGCACCGGACGGCGUUGGGUGCCUUCCAGCUCAGCCCGAACUUUUACCUUCACCACCAUCACCUCCAACCGAGCUUUCCGGACAGCAGCGACACCGAGUCCAGCACCUACUCGGACCGGGCCUACCCCGACUCGGAUUUUGGUUCCGGUUUCUCCACCAGCAGCAGCUCGGACGAAGAGGAGGAGGAGGAUGAAGAUGACACCCAGUCUGAUAGCACUGAGGUCAGCUCGGAUGAGGAGGAGGAGAGCUCCUCUCAUUCCGACUCCAGCUCCGUUUCCAGCCGGGUUUCGGUCCAGAGUAUCCGGUUCAGACGAGCCCGAGUUGCCAAACUCCUUAACCCAAUCAAAGCUCCUGUGGUUCUGCAGCCCACUUUUCACUACAACAACCAGCAGCAGCAUGGCGGCUCACUACUACAGGACCACGCUGCCUCCACACAUGACAAACCAUGGGAAUUUAGGAAUCACUCUACAGGAUCUAUACCCAAAUUCCACUCGGUUCUUUUCACCGAGACCAAAUGGGACCAAACAGGUCCAAACAGAACUUUGGAUGAACACUUUGAUACCAAGCAUGCAUCAAGCAGGACGUUAGUGUGUCCCAUCAACGAGCACAAAGACGACACAGUACGGAGAUUCUGCAGCGAUGAAAGGGAGGUGAGAUCCCCUGGACUAAGACUGCAGAAAAUAAAGACCGAGGCGGAGGAGCCCUCUGUGACGGCCUCCCCCGCCCUCGAGAGCGGCUGCAAGGUAGCCAGGACGCCGCCGCUCGGUUUCCAUAAAGUGAAAUUAAAAGUGGAAGAGAGUUGCGAUGAAUAUGAACGCCAGAGCCAGCCUGCUGCGGUCAAAUGCAAAGAAGCACCGUGCAGCUCUGACGCGUCAGUGGAGGGUAGAACCUGCACGGAGAGGAACCCCGGUGAGUCUCCGGCGUCACAAGGGCGGCUAGAUUGCAGGGCUCUGGGGAGGAAAUCCAAGCUUUCCAGGGCACAAUCAAAACACGCCAGGGUGACCAGGACUGCCUCUUCCUCCUCCUCCUCCUGCGGCUCUCAGCCCUGCGAGGACACCUCCAUGGAGGAUUUACCCAGCCGACGUAAACGCAUCGGUGCAAUGCCCGCAGCGUGGACCCAAAAACCGCCGUUCAGCCUGAUGGCAAACUUCCCGUUUUCGGCGUCGCUGGUUGUUGGCAGCGACGGGGAUCUGAGCCCUGCUUACUCCCUCAACUCUCUGAGGGCUGCCGGGCCUCCCCCUCCGUCUCACCCCGUGUGGAGAUGGCAGCCAGGCGGACACAUUCUCCCUCCCCCACACGCUCAAAGGACCAGGAGAUACUGAGCAGGGGGGAAACACACACACACAAAAAUCACACCACCCCCCCUCCAGAAAUAAAUAAAUUCACAUUUUAAUUACAAACACAGUUGCAGUAAACGCCCACUGUAGACUGUGAUGCCUCUCUAGUGGAUUGGUAUCUUUUUAACUGAUACUUUUGUUCCCCUCCGACCUGUUGGAUUGUAAACUGUGCCAGGUUGUCUCUGGUUGGUGCUUUUUCUGGAGAAGAACAGCUUUGGUGGAAUAAAGAAAACAUAUAUCAGGGUUAUUCCAUUAUGUGCCACCCUUUAGACCAUUUCAGCGUUUUACAGACUUAUUCAAGUGGGUUUGGUAACGUCUGUCUAUCACAGUUAAGCCUUUAUUAGAUUUGACAGGACUUUAUUCUGUUGUGCUAGUUUAUUUUUCUCCUUAUUGUGUGAUCUGUUUUUUGUGAAGUGUAAAGAAAUACAAGAUACAGGCCCAGAGACAUUACACGCGCCUUAUGAAGAGACAAUCAAAACAAACAAAAUGGCCGAAACUCCCGUUUUUUAUCUUGGUGUGUUUACAACUAAUUUGGACUAUAUAUGUGAAAUAUAAUGAUUUUUUUCCGACCUGAAGGCCACAGAGAAACACAUGUGUCUCAAUUUGCGUACUUUCAUACUUAAUAAUUUGCAUUUUUAAUGUGUAAGAUGCCGAUAAAUGCAAGUAUGAACGCAGCAUAGAGCACAGGAAAGCAAUACGCACUUUGUUAUUGUUUGGGGUCCUGUGUCAGCUUGUAGGAGUUCGUGGCUUGCCUGAUUAAAAUUUAUUUUUCUUUGACGGAAGGUUAAAGUUAUUCUAAUAUGAGCUAAUAGGAGUUUGUGGCUUGCCUGAUGGAAAUGAUUUUUAGAUAGGGUUAAAAAUGAUUAUAUUUCAAGGUUAAAAUCUAAUAAUAAGGCGUGUCUCUAUACUGUGACACCAGACUGUCAUUUUGAAUUCUGCUAUAUCACACCAACCACCAACCCGAAAAAUAUGUUAGCUUUAUUUAAUAAACACCCUAAAUGUAACCUAUUGAAUGUAGUGACUCCAAGCUGUGUUGUGUAUAUGCACACACACUUCCAACCACCAGGAAACAUGUCAUGGUGGCUGUUUUAAGGAAAUAUGUGAGAUGUUAUAAUUCAGGACAAGUGCUUGCUAAUUGGCAAGGUUUCUAAGAAAAAAAAGGGGGGUUCCAAUUAAUGGCGACAAAAGGCCCCCUGGCUGAGAAUGAUGUCAUUCAGAUGAUUGUAUUUAAAAUGGGUUUAAAGUGCUUUAAAUCAGCCAUGCAGUACAUGUGUGCUCACCUAAGGGGCCAAUUUAUAGGAGCCCUAUAUUUAUAGACUGUAAACGGGCUGUUUUAGAGGAGUUGCUAUGUGGGAAAAAAUACAGGGGGGAUUGCACAGUCGAGACAGAGGGUGGUGGCGGGUUGCUGUGUUGCAAGAGCAAAGCUUUCAACCUUUAAUCCGCAUGUCAAAAGCAUAGGCUGCACGGUGGAGGAGGAAGAGGAAUAGCCUCAUGCGCUUGAAUCUGUAAGGGGUUGACAAUCCCUUACACACACGCACACCCACACGCACGCAAACACACACACACACACACACACACACACACACACACACACACACACACACACACACACACACACACACACACACACACACACACACACACACACACACACACACACACACACACACAGGGCCCACAAUGCAAAGCCACAGGGACGUAGAUGGUGGUUAUGCUCUAAACAGCUCAGUAAACAAUGACAAUAUUCUUCAUUCUCAGCUUUUGAUACUUUGGGGCAUAUUUUGGGGGAGAUUGAAGUCACUGGUCUCGUUUUUAUGAAACUGAAUAUUUAUUUUUGUGAAGGUUUUCUCUCUUUUUUUGUUGUUAUUGUUGUGGUUAUACAUAUACACCUUUAUGUAUGGAACAACUGCACUCAAAAUGGAAACUUGAACAGUGGAUUUCUAUGAAGCACUUUCCUUUUUUUCUUUCUUUGUUUUGUUAUUAUUAAACAUUCAAUAAACAUGAUUGAGUGUGAUGACUGAUGGAUUUGGAUUUAAUCAUAAAAAGGUUUGAAACCAGCUUUAUUUCUGGGGUGUUGCUUUAUUCACAAUUUUGGCAUGGUUUUA